AAGGAUCUUGCUGGUUGUCGCGAAGUGCAGAGAGUACUCAAAAGGCACUGAAUUAUAGGCUUCGUGUCUAAACUUCUUCAAAUUCAUGGAUAACAAAACGAUAUCGGGAAAUUAUCAUGUAUUGGAGCUUAUCGGAGAAGGCUCUUUUGGCAAAGUGUAUCGCGGAAGGAGGGUUUAUACUGGAGAGGUGGUUGCCAUGAAAUUCAUCCCAAAAGCAAACAGGCUAGAGAAGGAACUCAAGAGCCUUCAAAGGGAGAUUGAUAUCAUGCGAAGAUUAAAGCAUAAAAACAUUGUAUCCUUACUAGAUUCCUUUGAGACUGCUAAAGAGGUUUGUGUGGUCAUAGAAUAUGCGGAAGGGGAAUUGUUCCAGAUUUUAGAAGAUGAUGGGAAGUUAUCCUUAGAGCAGGUACACAGUGUGGCUUGUCAGCUUGUUGAAGCUUUAUACUAUCUCCAUGCGAAUAGAAUUCUACACAGAGAUAUGAAACCUCAAAAUAUCUUGUUGACAAAAGAUGGGACAGUAAAGCUAUGUGAUUUUGGGUUUGCAAGAGCAAUGAGUUUUCAGACAGUAGUACUAACAUCCAUCAAGGGAACACCACUGUAUAUGUCACCUGAACUUGUAGAAGAAAAACCCUAUGAUCAUACUGCUGAUCUAUGGUCACUUGGUUGUAUUUUAUACGAACUCUACUUUGGUUUUCCACCGUUCUACACAAACAGUAUAUUUCAGCUGGUUAGCCUUAUUCGAAAGGAUCCAGUUAAAUGGCCCGAAGGAAUAGAUGACAGUUUCAAGAGUUUCCUUCAAGGAUUGCUGACUAAAGACCCAAACAACAGACUAUCAUGGCCGGAGCUUCUUUAUCACCCAUUCAUUGCAGACUCUAUUGAUGCCGAGAAGUUAGAAAAGAGCGAAUUUCCGCCGACAAUAUUCACAGAAAGGAAAAAGGAAAUCAGCAAUGCAAGAAAUAAAACUGUGAAGAAGCGAUCAAAAGGAAAGACCUGGGUUGAUCGACUGCAUGAGCAGCAAGAAAAGGCCAAAGGAAAAGAUGGAAAGGAGAAGGAUGGAACACCACAGAAACAAGCUAAUAAAAAUUUACCAAAGGAAGCAGAAACUAUCCAGACGUCAGAAGAAAACAGCAAACUGGAAAUUAGCAAGCACUCCAUCAGUCGUGACUUUGACAAAGAAGAAACUUUGACCGAGCAAGCACACAGAUUAACCAACACAAAAGGAGGAAAACAUAUUCAUCAAGAGGAAAUAUGCGAAGUCGAUCAACUCAGCAGCUGGCUUUCUGAGACUCAAGAUUUUAAAAGAUGUUUGAAUUCAAAAUCAUCUGAUAAAUUCAUGUCAGGAACACGCCAAGUGAAGGUGCUUCGGAAUGCCCUAGAAACUUCACUUAAAGAUGCUUGCGCUGGGGUGCUAGAGGGAGGGUCGCAGUUCAGAACUGCCAUUCAAAUUUGUAGGAAUUGCUUUGAAUCGAAAAGCACCGUGGAAGGGAAACUGAAAUUUUGGAUCAGCAUUGAGCUGCACCGUGUCGUACCCGAGUUCGUUGUUAAUGCAUCUAGUACCAAAAUCGCUAAACAGGAACCUUGGCUAUUUGCGUGCCUAAUCGAUGCUUUGGAUUUGAAUCUCAUUGUUGCGGAAAGAUUUUUGACACAGGAAGAGGCAAAGCAGUUCGAAAAAUAUUUUUUGGAAGAAAGCUCUAAGAUGAUACCCUCGUGUGAGUUAUGUUUGUUUCACCCAGAGGAUAAGCAUCACAAAUUGAAGCAGAGUCUUUUACAGAACCUAGGACAGAUCUUGCAGCUGGGAUGCUCCAACUUGUCCGUUUUGGAGUUGGCAAGAAAUGACAGCCUCGUCACGGGGGUUCUGCGCUGCGGAUGUGCCUACCAACGAUUGCAGUUUAUUUCAGUACUAUGUUUAGAGGUCUUAGCAGCAGUAUUCACGGCAUCCGGUGGAAAUUCGUCCCUGACCAAAGAGUUUAGCUGCCAGAUCGCUGACUAUAUCAAAACACAUAGGGAAUCAGCUGAUUGGUUGAUGGGCCGUCUUGUUCGUGAUUUCGGUACCAAGGAACACCUAAAAGAUUUGAUUAAGGUGCUCUUGGCAAUGAGUCAAUGCUCAGAAAAUGUUGAUGUUAGUUCCUGGAAGGGCUUUAUUGGACUCGUACCUGCUCUUUUAUCGAAAAAGGAUGACAACUUAGAAGAUCUGCUAUUUAUUCUUAUCAACAUUAUUGGAAGAAGUGCAGAUUCAAUCGAGAGAAGCCUACAGCUGAACAGUACACUCAAGGUUUUGUUUAUUGAAGUAGCAAAUCACGUAAGAGACAUGGUAGCACUCCUCCUUUCCAUGACUGCAAUCGAGUCUGAACAUGAAGACACGUUGAUAGAACAGCAAUUUGAAGACUCUUUCUUUGCAGCCUGUGAAAGUUAUGAAGGUAUAAGUGACAUGUCAUCUUUUGCUUCGCUACCAUUGGGGCAUGGAGUCUUUGAUGGUUAUGUUGGUAUUCUAGCUGAUACCGCAAUACAGGAAAAAAAUUGGCAAAACAGAAUUGAUAUGCUGAGAAUCUGCCAGUUUCUACGCAAUAUUUUGUCAAUGUUUUUUGCCGAACAGUCAACAAAUGAAAGAAAACUAAAAGAUGAAAGAUUUGCCUGGAAAAUAAUAUCACCGUACGGCCUCUCCGUUUGUUUGAAAGUGUAUUAUGAGCUCUGCAGUACAAGCGCGGGAUCUGCGUUUCACGACGCAAAUUUCUGCGUUGACUUUAAUUUGCUGACAGGCAUCUGCUCUUUGGUUAGUGAAGAUUUCAAAGCCUUUUACGAAAAAGCAAAAACCGAGUUCCAGAAUAACCACUUAUGUUUCUAUAUCAGUCGUCACAGUGAAAUUGUUUUGGAUGUUACAAAAAUCCUUUGUCUGCCGUUUGCAGUCGAUUCAUUCCAAACUCAACUAGACACAGUUCUAAGCUGUUUGCAGACCAGUCAGCUUGUAGCCAAUCUGGCAUCUCAGUUAGCUCUCUUCAAGGAAAACGAAGAGUAUGCAAGUAUUUUAGUAGGCUUAAUGUGCCGCUUGAUAUUAUCUGAAGAAGAUCUCGUACCACAGCUGUCAGAUACACUCAGAAAGAAUCAACAGCUGCAGCGAUUUUUCAGUGAAAUUCUCAGCAACAGUGAUACGAUGAUUUACCUGCUACUUGAUGCUCUCACUCUGAUGUCACACAUACCUCGUUUUUCAUCUGAAAAUGCGUCACUUGUUUUAUCAAUACUCAAAGAAAGCGAAGAGGGCGGUGCAACUUUCCUCGAGCUGCUAAACAGUGGCCACUGCAGUGUUCGAUCAAGAUCGUGUAGUCUUCUUGGGAAUCUCCUCAAGCAUUCUGAUGAGUUAUACGCCCAACUCACAAGGCCGAUCAUUCAACGCAUUUUCAACAUAGCUUCCAGCACCGAUGUUAGCGAGAAAAAGGCUGGAACAUUCACAAUUGGAAACAUGGCAUAUCAUAAUGACACAUUAUAUAACGACCUUAAACAGGCGGUGCCGUUGUUAAACAAGCAUUUGUAUGAUCCAAUAUCAAAGGUCCGAUAUAAUGCAAUAGCUGCCUUUGGGAAUUUGAUGAAGCAUUCAUCUGCCCUAGCCUCCGAAAUAAUUGAAGCAAAGGCACCAGAAAGGCUUUUAGAGAUGGCAACAAAAGAUGCAGAACACGAUGUGAAAGAAAUUGCUGUCUGGGCAUUAAGAAUAUUUAUCCAGAAUCCAAAAUGCAGAAAGCUAUUAAUCUCUUUGAACAUAAAGGAUAAGCUAGAGGCUCUGCGUCACAGUGAAAUGGACCUUGGUGCAUCUUAUCAAUCGAGAAAGUCUUCUGCCCGCAGCACUUCUAGCGACCAUGCCAUUCAUAACUGUAUCUGGAUUUUAGAUAAAAUCAAAACAUGAUUUAGCAUUUAAUGCUUCCAAGAAGCAACAUUACAAUCGAUAUUUUAUAGCCAUGAGAUAGUUUGGGGCUGUUUGUUUGUAAAUUUUUGAAGUUGUAUUUAUGUAAAGCAUGG